AUGCGUGGUCUCAGACUCAUCAUGGUACCAGUUGAGCUACUUCUUUGCUGCUUCCUGCUGCACUCUGUGGAUGCCGUUUCAUAUGGAAACCAGACAAACGUCUUGGUGCAUCUUCGCUCAUCCUUGGGAUCCUGGCUACCUUCCUCAGCCCCCUUGUCUUGCCGGACCCUGCUCCCCCAAUCCCUGCCUGGCUUCACCCACAUGGCCCUUCUCCCCAGGUUCCUGGUAGGCCUGCCCCUGAUGAUUGCCUUGGAGAAAGCUGGCUGUCAAGCUGAUGUACGGGUCCUGAAGCUUCAGCUCUACCGCCAGGGGAGUGUAAAGGCUACAGAGAUCCUCAUCAGACAUCUUCAAGAGCUUGAGAAAAGGAGAAGCACAGGGACGGGAGUGUCAGUGGAUGCCCUGGCCUCUGCUCUGCAGCUGUUGGCCAGGGAGCACCCAGACCCAGAGAGAGCCCGACGAUCCCUCUCCAUCAAGGACUGCGAGCAGAAGCAGGAGCAGAGUGUGCACAAUAUAGUCCAGCUGUUGCCAGGAGUGGGAACCUUCUACAACCUGGGCACAGCAUUGUAUUAUGCUGUUCAGAACUGCUCGGACAAGGCCAAGGAACGAGGCCGAGACGGGGUCAUAGAUCUGGGUUAUGACCUUCUGAUGGCCAUGGCUGGAGUGUCAGGGGGGCCCACGGGACUAAUCAUCAGUUCUGCACUUAAACCUAUAGUGAAGGCUGGGGUUCAGCAGGUGAUCCAGUAUUAUAAUGAGAGAGAGGUGAACAGCCGCUCCACCAGAGACCAGCAAGGAGGUCUUGGGGGGCACCUCAAAUUGAGUCACCUGGAAGAAACAACUACACUACCAUGGUCCCUUUGGUAUCAGAAGUAG